AUGGCCGGAGAUAACGCGGCGCCGCCACCGAAGAACGAUGGAAACACCAUCGAUCCCAAUUCUCCAUAUUAUCUUCAUUGCUCUGAUUAUCCAAGGCAGAUGCAAGUAAACGAUGUUCUCUCUGACAACAACUAUGGAGAUUGGGUUCAAGAGAUGAAGAAUUUUUUGUUUGCAAAGAACAAAAUCGGUUUUGUUAAUGGUUCAAUUAAAAGGCCAGAAGAGGAAUCGGCACAAUAUAUGUUAUGGAUGAGAUGUGAUGCUAUGAUAAAGGGAUGGUUGACUACAUCCAUGGAGAAGGAUAUCAGAUCAAGCGUCAAACAUGCCAACACUGCUGCAGAGAUAUGGGCCGACCUUGAAGAAAUAUUUGGCAAAGAAAGUGCUUCUCGAGCAUAUGAACUAAAACAGACCUUGACCACCACGGCUCAGAACGGUGAAACUGUUUCAGCCUAUUACACCAAGAUGCAAGGACUGUGGGACAAAAUACAAACUGUGUCACCAACACCUUAUUGCACCUGCGGAAGGUGUACAUGUGAUGCUGGAAAAAGACUGAACGAAGCAAAAGAAAAGGAGACGCUCUACGAGUUUUUGAUGGGACUUGAUAAUGAGUUUGCAACGAUUAAGACUCAGAUUCUUGCCUCGAAACCAACUCCUACGCUUGGCACUGCUUAUCAUCUAGUCGUAGAAGAUGAACAACAAAGAGCUAUAGCGGCCACAAGAAGACCCAUACAUGAGGCUGCUGCCUUUCAAAUAUUUGCUCAGAACAUAAGGGAAGGAACCAAUGACUCAACACCACAGCAUAAUAAAGGCGGUACGAAGGAGGCAAGAUGCAACGGCAAUGAUGAAGUUGAAAAUUGUACCUUCUGUGGUAGAACGAGACAUAAUAAAGAUGGUUGCUUGAAGCGAAUUGGCUAUCCCGAGUGGUGGCCUGGAAAAGGAAAGAAAGAAAAAGGUCGACCGAAAGCUGUGUUUGCCAACACUGAAAGCACACAAGUAUCCAUCAUGACGAACGAACAAUAUUAG